GUGAAGGUGUGCACCGGAAGUGUGUGUUCCUCGCUGCAGAGGAGGAGCUGAAGGUCACAGCUGGAGUUGCUCCUCCAUCCUCAGACACAAGGAGCGACAGACACAUCUCCGCCUGUCUCAGCGCUGCAUCUACGCCUGUGUCUCUGCUGCAGCUCCGCCUGUCUCACCGCUGCAUCUCCGCCUGUCUCUCGUUGCAGCUCCAUCUGUCUCUCUGCUGCAGCUCCACCUGUCUCACCACUGCAUCUCAGCCUGUCUCUCUGCUGCAGCUCCGCCUGUGUCUCUCUGCUGCAGCUCCACCUGUCUCACCGCUGCACCUAUCUCCCCCUCUGUGUGACCGACCGGUCCUCUCGCCAUGGGGAACCGGGGGAUGGAGGACCUGAUCCCGCUGGUCAACAAGCUGCAGGAUGCCUUCUCCUCCAUCGGGCAGAACUCCAGCCUGGACCUGCCGCAGAUCGCGGUCGUGGGGGGCCAGAGCGCCGGGAAGAGCUCCGUGCUGGAGAACUUCGUGGGGAAAGACUUCCUGCCUCGUGGCUCUGGGAUCGCUCGGCGCCCCUUGGUGCUGCAGCUCAUCUACUGCCCCACAGAGUACGCAGAGUUCCUGCACUGUAAAGGGAAGAAGUUUGUGGACUUUGAUGAAGUCCGUCAGGAGAUCGAAGCUGAAACGGAUCGAAUCACCGGACAGAACAAAGGCAUCAGUCCGGUCCCCAUCAACCUGAGAGUGUACUCUCCCAACGUGCUGAACCUGACCCUGGUGGACCUCCCUGGGAUGACGAAGGUCCCGGUGGGGGACCAGCCGGCGGACAUUGAGAGUCAGAUCAGAGAGAUGCUCAUGCAGUUCGUCACCAAAGAUAACUGCCUGCUGCUCGCCGUCUCCCCCGCCAACUCUGACCUCGCCAACUCCGACGCUCUGAAGAUCGCUAAGGAGGUCGACCCGCAAGGUGAGAGCCCGCCCACAACCAAGAGACACCACACGACAACCAAGAGACACCACAUGACAACCAAGAGACACGACACGACAACCCAGAGACACGACACGACAACCAAGAGACACGACACGACACGACAACCAAGAGACACGACACGACAACCAAGAGACACCACAGGACAACCAAGAGUUCCUCGCUCACAUGGAGCUCCGGAGUCUCAGGAGACUAUCACGGAGACGCCUGAUAUCGACGAGGAGGAUGAAGUAGCUCUCGCCGAAGAUGAGGCAAAGAAUGGUUACAUCGGCGUGGUGAACCGCAGUCAGUGGGACAUCGAUGGCAAGAAGGACAUCAACGCAGCGCUGCAGGCUGAGAGGAAGUUCUUCCUGUCACACACCGUCCAUACCGACACCUGGCCGAUCGCAUGGAAACUGACGAACCACAUUCGCGACACCCUGCCAGCGUUACGGAGCAAACUGCAGAGCCAGCUGCUGUCCAUCGAGAAGGAGGUGGAGGAGUACAAGAACUUCAGACCAGACGGACCCGAGCCGCAAGACCAAGGCCCUGCUGCACUGGCCCAGUUCCCCAUGCUGCGGGAGGAGAUGGAGAGGAUCGUGACUCAGCACAUCAGAGACCGAGAGAGCCGUACCAAGGACCAGGUGAUGCUGCUGAUUGACAUCGAGCUGGCCUACAUGAACACAAACCAUGAAGACUUCAUCGGCUUCGCAAAUGCUCAGCAGAAGAGCAGUCAGAUGAGUAAGAAGAAGGCAGCUGGAACACAGGACGAGAUCAUGGUGAUCCGUAAAGGUUGGCUCACUAUUAACAACAUCAGCAUCAUGAAGGGCGGGGCUAAAGAGUACUGGUUCGUCCUGACAGCGGAGACACUGAGCUGGUACAAAGAUGAUGAGGAGAAAGACAAGAAGUACAUGCUGCCAGUGGACAACCUGAAGCUGAAGGACAUCGAGAAGAGCUUCAUGUCAAGCAAACAUGUGUUCGCCCUGUUCAACACGGAGCACAGAAACGUGUACAAAGACUCUCGUCAGCUGGAGCUGGCCAGCGAGUCUCAGGAGGAGGUGGACAGCUGGAAGGCCUCUUUCCUACGGGCUGGAGUGUACCCUGAACGCAACGUGGACAAGGUGAGCUCCGUGGAGGUGGAGGAGGCUCGGGGCGACGGGCAGAUCCACAGCCUGGACCCUCAGCUGGAGCGGCAGGUGGAGAUUGUCCGGAACCUGGUGGACUCUUACCUGUCCAUCAUCCAUCGCACCGUCAGGGACCUCAUCCCCAAGACCAUCAUGCACCUGAUGGUCAACAAUACGAAGGAGUUCAUCCACUCUGACUUGCUCGCACAACUUUACUCCUGUGGAGACCAGAACACCCUGAUGGAGGAGUCGCAAGAGCAGGCUCAGCACCGUGAUGAGAUGCUGAAGAUGUACCACGCUCUGAAGGAAGGUCUGCAAAUCAUCGGGGACAUCAGCACCUCCACCAUCACCACCACCAUGCCUCCGCCUGUAGACGACUCCUGGCUGCAGGUGCAGGGGAUGCCGUCAGGACGCAGGUAA